AAGCCAGAUGGCGGUGUUAUGUCGCUUUAGCUAGGCUGCGGGCCCCUCCGAGAGCGCUCAGUUCAUGAUUCCUGUGCGUUUUUUGGAGAUGAUUAUUUCUAACCUGUGUCAAGGCAGGGCGAGUAGAGCUGUAGACUGGACUAAGUCGGCUGCCUACUUUAACCACGGGAAUGCAUUGCCAGUCUUUGUGUCGUUGGUGAAACUAAAGCGGUCAAUGCCAACGAUUCCUCCGAAGGCGAUGGGCCGGUGUGCAGGUGAGCCGACGUGAGAACCGACGGGAACCGCUUCAGUCCGUUCGCACAUGGGAACCGUGUCGCUCAACCUCAUCCGCAUUUUAACAGUUUGAAGACAGACAUUUCUAAAGACAGCAUGACAACUGUACGAGGAGCCCAUUCACACAAAGCAAGCCCCUCUUUACCUAAGGAGAAUGGACACGCACCACCGAGCCCCAACUUUCCCUCAGCGGAGAAUAUACCCGAUGAUACCCCGAUGUCCUCGACCAGCGAGCUGGCUCAGAGCUGGGUUCACGUUGCCAAAACGUUUGUUCUCAUUUUCCCUAUUUACGCAUUGGGAUAUUUUGAGUUCAGUUUCAGUUGGCUGUUGAUUGGACUUGUUCUCUUUUUCUGCUGGAGGAGAAACCUAGCAGGGAAAAACAGCCGACUGAGACGAGCUCUUGCUUUCUUUGAGCAGGAGGAGAGAAGUGCCAAGCAGAGUCUGAUGACCUCUGAAUUACCACCAUGGGUCCACUUCCCAGAUGUAGAGAGAGUGGAGUGGCUAAACAAGACGGUGAAACAGAUGUGGCCGUACAUCUCCAAGUUCGUGGAGAAGCUGUUCCUCGAGACGAUCGAGCCAGCAGUGAAGGAGUCCAACGCCCACCUCAGCACCUUCUGCUUCAGCAAGAUUGACAUAGGAGACAAACCCCUGAGGGUCAACGGGAUCAAGGUUUAUACAGAAAAUGUGGAUAAGCGACAGAUCAUCAUGGACCUACAGAUCAGCUUUGUUGGCAACACUGAGAUUGACAUAGACAUCAAACGCUAUUACUGCAAAGCCGGCAUUAAAAACAUCCAGCUCCACGGCAUGUUGAGAGUGGUGAUGGAGCCGUUGCUGGGUGAUAUGCCUCUUGUUGGAGCUCUGUCUGUGUUCUUCCUCAAGAAGCCACUUCUGGACAUAAACUGGACUGGCCUCACCAAUAUACUUGACAUUCCGGGGCUCAAGGGUUUCUCUGACAGUCUGAUUCAAGACAUUAUCUAUAGUUAUCUGGUUUUACCCAACCGUGUCACGAUCCCUCUGGUCGGGGAUGUGGAACUGGCCGAGCUACGCUUCCCCAUGCCAAAGGGAGUCCUGAGGAUUCACCUCUUGGAGGCUCAGGAUCUGGAAGGGAAGGAUAAUUUUCUGGGAGGGCUGAUCAAGGGCAAGUCUGACCCGUAUGGCAUCCUGCUGAUCGGCAACCAGCUGUUCCAGAGCAAGACGAUCAAGGAGUGCCUCAAUCCCAAAUGGAACGAAGUUUAUGAGGCUUUAGUGUACGAGCACUCAGGUCAACACCUUGAGAUAGAGCUGUUUGAUGAAGAUCCGGACAAAGAUGAUUUCCUGGGAAGCCUGAUGAUCGAUUUGACUGAGCUGCACAAAGAACAGAAGGUGGAUGAGUGGUUCGACCUGGAAGAAGCUCCUACUGGGAAACUCCACUUAAAACUGGAGUGGCUAUCUCUGCUCUCCACUCCUGAGAAGUUGGACCAGGUGCUGCGAAGUGUGCGUGCAGACAGAAGCCAGACAAAUGAUGGAUUAUCAUCAGCGCUGCUUGUGGUCUAUCUGGAUUCAGCAAAGAACCUACCAAGCGUCUUCACAGGCAGCUUAGGCUGUGGAAACUUAAGUGAGAGGAGAGCGUCUGGCCUAGUCUUUUGCGAGAGCAAUACCUCAGAGUAUAGAACAAUAUUUUCUGCAAAGAAGAGUAGCAGCGAGCCCAGUCCUUAUGUCCAAAUGACAGUUGGACACAAAAGUCUUGAGAGUAAGGUCCGGUACAAGACCAAUGAGCCUCUGUGGGAAGACUGUUUCUCAUUCCUCGUUCACAAUCCCAGGAUGCAGGAGCUCGAGGUGGAGGUAAAAGAUUACAAGCACAAAUGCACCCUGGGUAAUUUGACGGUGCCUUUGAGAAGUCUGUUGGCGGAGGAGGACAUGACGCUGACUCAGUGCUUUCCUCUCAGGAAUUCCGGGCCCAGCUCCACCAUCAAACUCAAGAUGGGCCUAAGGAUCCUGUCCCUGGAGAAGCAGGUAUCCUCUGACCAGCCCUCCUCCGUCCAAGUCAGGGCGUCCAGUGUUUCGCAGCCAACCGCAGCCCCUCCCCAGAGACAAUCAAGCACAGAUUCCCCACUGCCUUCACCCACAUCUCCACCUAUGGACGCUUCCACCCUCAACCUCCAACAAAGGGACGGCGAGCCGUACUCAGCCGGCCAUGUUCACAGCAUCUCCAACCUGAGCACCUGCAUAUCUAGCUCCCAAAAACACCUGCCUCAUAACGAGUCCACACCCAGCCUGGCCUCGGAUAUCUCUCUGCCCUUCGCCACCUUGGAGCUCCAGCAAAGGCUUCGUCUGCUGCAGAAUGGCUCGGCCCCCAGCCAGUACCCCCUGGGUGAGGUCCAACUGACUGUUCGACACAGCUCCCAGAGGAACAAACUAGUUGUGGUGGUGCACGCCUGCCGUAACUUGAUAGCCUUCACCAAAGACAGUUCAGAUCCCUUCAUCCGCCUCUACUUGCUGCCUGACAAGAGCCGGACGGGGAGGAGGAAGACCAGCACGAUGAAGAGGACUCUUAAUCCUGUUUAUGAUCAAACGUUUGAGUUUAGUGUAUCUAUGGUGGAGCUCCACAGGAGAACCCUGGAUGUAGCAGUGAAGAACGGUGGGAGCAUCCUGUCCAAACACAAAGGAUUUUUGGGAAAGGUGCUGGUAGAUUUAAGUGGGGAUGAUAUAUCUAAAGGAUGGACACAAUGGUAUGAUCUGAGUGAAGAUGGUUUGUCGUCUCAAGGCAUAAGAAGUAUUCACGACCCCCUCAUAUAGUGAAACCGCCCCUCCAUAUAGUGAUCUUGUUAAUAAAGGAUGCAUCAUUUUGUU